CUUCUUUAACAAUUGAGGCGCAAAUUUACGAUUUUAUAAUUGUUUAAUUGUCCGCGGCAUAUAUUUUUACACAAAGCAAAAAAGCUUGAAGCUGUUUGAACAGAUUGUUCGUCUUCAAAAUUACGUCAGAUGUUGAUUGUAAACUGGCGUUCAAAAGAGAACAUCAUAAAUUAUAAUUGUGAACCGCCAAAAAAAGGUACGGCUAUUCAGGCGCCUUGCUCGGCAACAAAGUCUAGAUACAAAAUUAUACCACCACUUGCGACCAAAAUUACAGACAAUAAUUUUAUUUAUAACACACAACUUAAGUUGAGUUCUCGUGUAGUAACUUAUAACUGUUAUAACAUGCCCAACUCGGUGGCCAGUUCAAGAAGCGACGUGAGUUUGAUCCCCACUAUUUUGAACUCGAGGAAAAAACAGACACCAAAUUUUGUGGCACAGAACUCAGGGCGUCUCUCAGUUCCUAAGAGGACUCCAACUCCUAGGUUCCAGCAUACACCUGCAGUUCCAAGGAGUCGCCCUGCUUCAAGGAUGUCUCACAUGGAUGAAAAUUUUGGUGGUCCGAUAACUAAUGGACUGAAUGGUGUUGUCUCUAAUGGUUUGGGAGAUGGGCAAACUGCAGAUAUAAAGGACUUGGUGAAGGAUGCGGUGAAGGAGUAUUUUGACAGUAUGAAUCUGCCCCAGCUAGCCUCCCAAUCUUACUCACACAGUCCACUGCAGCAGAAGCCGCAGACAUUGGGCAACCCAGAGUUCAGAGGCUACAAUGAGUCUGGCGAGGAGGUGUGGGCGGUGGUGAAGAAAGACCCCUUUGCAGAACUUGGGCUGAUGAAUACAAGUGCAUCCAGACCAGGAAGCAGAAUGAUGGCUUUGAGACAGUCAGCGCCUCCCAACUCAUUCCAGAGAUCCCAGAACCAGCUGUGGAACAAUGAUGGCGACUUCCAGAAUAGUCUGAACAGCUGGGCCACGGCUGCUCCCAGUCACGAGCGGGAGAUAGUGAAGAACCUACUGAAAAGACUGAAUGGAGGCCAAACUCCUGCGGAAUUUGCAAACAGACCUUCGCGACGUGCUGCUAGUGCCACACCCGUGGAACCCUACCAAUACCAGUGUGAUCUGAGCAUGUUCUCCAACCCGCCCUUCAACCCCUCCUGACACUUCACCAUAAAUCCAGAGUGGACCAGCGAACGCCUAGAGGUCAAGAAGAUCCCAGCUGCCCAUCUGCACCCGUCGGCUACUCUGAAAAACAAACUGGGACUUCUCAGAAGCUGAUCUAAUAGAAACGAGAAGACCAAAAAUAAUAAGUAAAGCUAAGCUAUGGAAUUAAAGACACGCAAUGAAAAAUUGAAUUAAUAAUUUUAAAAAAUGCUUCGCUAAUU